AUGAGUGAAGUUGGAUCUUCUGUUUCAGUAGACGGGAAUAGACCUCUUCUUACAGAGGAUGAGGUUGAGGCACAAGCAAAUUCGUCCACAGUGUGGCCACUAAGCAGAAUUAGAAUAGCAAGGUGCGAAUGGAAGCUUUGGAUUUCCUUGGCAUUUAUUUUUGGAGCUUCGGCCUACAUAUACUCGUUCUCAAGAGUGAUGAAGGAUUCCUUUGUCCUAUCUCGGCAACUACCAGUUGCCAUUUCAUUUCUCAAGACAUGCUUUGUUCUUCCCAUGUCCAUUCUAGCUACGGGUGUUGUGCAAAAGCUUCUAAUGACCAGGACGAUAUCGAAGGUCUUUGACUACACAUUGCUUGCAUUUGCGCUUUUGUACACCCUAACGGGGGCUGUGCUUCUUCCGUUUUCAAGGAGCAUCCAACCAGAGUUUUACUUUUCAAGAGACAUCUUUGCAGAUGAAAAGAUGGCAUACAAAGGAUUUGAAUUUCUCUUUGCGAUUUUCCUGAUAUUUAACGAAUGGACAACAAGUUUUAUCUAUGUAUGUGCAGAAUUAUUUGGAUCUUUGGUUGUGCAGUUCAUGUUCCUCUCGUUUGCAAACGAGGCGCUUACUGUCAGACAGUCGACCAGAAUGGUGCCACUGUUUUAUGUUAUUUCGAACAUUCUUCUCCUUCUGUCAUCGGAGUCAACGUCAUUCUAUUCAAGGAAGGUAAAAGAGUGGGACUAUGCCACUACAAGCUGGGUCACAAACUCCUUCUUUGUUAUAUUUGGAGUCAUGAUAGCCAUCACAUACUUGGUGAAGAAAUACGCAGAAAACACUAUUCUUAAGAAGCAGCUGUUUAUAAGGACCGAGGGAGUUAAGAAGAAGGGCAAGAAGUCUUCUGCUGGGUUCUCUGAAAGUCUGAAGCUUAUGGCACAGUCUAAGUUCCUGGUUGCCAUGGUCCUAAAUGCUCUUUUCUACUAUGCAGGUACAAAUCUCAUUGAGUCUUCAUGGAAGAACGGCAUAAGCGUUGCUGCAGAUGCCUAUAACAUGGAGAAGAGAGCAUACUCUGCCUCCAUUGUGUCUGGAGAGCAGCGGGUUGUAGGUGCCCUAGUUGCAAUAAUAUUGCUGACACCCAUAUCUACCCUUGUUCAGACACACGGAUGGAUAACUAUGGCCAUUGUACCGCCACUGGUUACAUUAGUGUCUUCUGUAGUGAUAUUUGGAUCGGCUUUCUUCAACUAUCCAAACUAUCCGGCUGGAAGAACAAGUGUGAUUCUUUCAUCUCUAGUCAAAGGAUAUACCCCGAACUUCUAUCUGGAAUGCAAUAUAGGGAUUUACUGCGUAAGCGGAAUGAAAAUAGCCAAAUAUGCCUUCUACGACAUUUCAAAAGAGGCGAUUUCACUUCAAAUUGAUCCGCUAUACAGGCCUAAGCUGAAGGCUGUCUAUGAUGGGCUUUGUGGGAAGCUUGGAAAGUCAAUAGGGUCUCUCUAUGCAAUGUUUUGGUCUUUGAUGGGAUACAACGAUGUAAGGGCUGCAGCACCCAUUACUCUGGGUAUGUGGCUGAUAAUAUCGCCUGUCUGGAUACUCUCGGUUCUAUAUCUAAACCGAAAAUACAACCAAUCUAUUCAGACUUCAUCUCCAAUUGAUCUUGAUCUUUUCUCCGGGAAGAAAGAUCUUGAAUAA